AUGGCACAGGCCAAUCUUUCAUCUGCCAGCUCCUCGAGUUGCAGUCUCUUACAUGAUCUGCCUUCAAACUACGUGAUCCGAACAUUUUCUACCCUCAAGCAGGUGUCUCAAGAUGUUGACAUCUCUAAAAAUCUCGAAGACCAGGAAGAUGCAAACCAAUUUCUGGUCUUACUGGGAUUGAACCCGAGAAUCAUACACCAGCUAGACGAAUCCCACAGACACCUUUUUGGAGCCAAUUUUCGUUUUGAGUGGGAAGGCUCAGUUGGAGUAAUCAAAAUUGUCCCAUGCAAUACCCAUGAAGUCUCCACCGAACGCUCCAAAUCAAUCAUGGACACCCAGCUAAUUCAGAUGGAUAUCAUCCGACCUUCUAAUCGCCGAUGGGUCGGAACAACUUCUUAUACGUCAACCAACAGUGGCAAGCAACCAGACCAAGCUUUUGUACCCCUUCUCAUCGUGGUCUCCCGAGAAUGCGUGAUGGUUGGCCAACUUUUGUGA